AUGACCUUAUCGCGAUCACCCUCUCCCCGCCCGGGCGGAGGGUGGUCCAGUCCGGGACUUGCUCCGGCUAGCGGCACAACAUCCCCGGGCGGUCCAUCACCCGGUUCAUUAUCACCAGGCACACCGGGCGGUGUUUCGUGGGCUGCAGCCAAAGCAAAAAGCGAACAGGUGCGAGGGUAUCCAUCAUUCGCAACACGCAAUAGCGGCUUCUUCUCUCGACAACGGCACAAGAUCUCCACGCGAUUUUCUAGCUUUCGACAGCUUUCCCCACGCGAAUACGUUGAUAAAGAUGAUUAUGAACGUGACUGGAAGCGCCCGAGUAGUGGACGCGGCCUGUUAGGCCCUUUACGGAUACCAAUACGUCGGGGUCGGUUCCGGCUGCUGCUUGCGCUCUUGUUAGUGUGGAUUGGGUAUCUAUUUUUCUGGGCGACUAUUGUCCAGACAUACCGAAGAUCACCAAUAGGCGGCGGAAGCAGGUUCGUUAUCAUACUCGGAUCGAACGUGGAGGGUGGUGUGAUGGAGUGGAAGGGUGCACGUGAAUGGGCCAUUGAACGCAAUAGCAUAUGGAACAAGAAAAGAUACGCGAAGAAAUGGGGCUACGACCUCGAACUGGCCAAUUUGCUGGCCAAGAAGAGAUAUUCACAUGAAUGGCGCGAGAGCUGGGAGAAGGGUGACGUGAUCCGCGAGGCCAUGCGCAAAUAUCCCGACGCAGAGUGGUUCUGGUGGCUCGACUUGAAUACAUGGGUGAUGGAAUACGACACAUCUCUACAACACCAUCUAUUCAAUGACCUCAAGUCUCACGUCUACCGCGAUAUCAGCGCCUAUAACCCUCUCAACAUCACCCACCCACUCCCCGAAUUCUGGCUCGAUGACCUAGGUCGUGCCCUUGAGGGCGACGGCAAAGCCGAUUCUUUGAAUAUGCUGCUAACUCAAGACUGCGCCGGGUUUAAUCUCGGAUCUUUCUUCAUGCGACGAUCUGUUUGGACCGACCGGCUGCUCGAUAUCUGGUGGGAUCCCGUCAUGUACGAGCAGAUGCAUAUGGAGUGGGAGCAUAAGGAACAGGAUGCCCUGGAGUAUGUCUACCAGAGUCAACCAUGGGUUCGCAGUGGUGUGGGCUUUUUACCACAACGCAGCAUCAAUGCCUUCCCUCCCGGCGCAUGCGGUGAUGGAGAGAAUCCAGUCGUUCACUAUCAGGAGAACGCACACGACCUCGUCGUGAACAUGGCCGGUUGCAUGUAUGGUCGCGAUUGCUGGUCUGAAAUUUACUAUUACCGCGAGCUAAGCAAUUGGCUCGCCCGGUCGGUCUGGGAGCGAUUCAGAGACGCUUUAAGUGAUGUAUACGACCAAGUGACGGGGAAGGAUAAGCAGGAUUGA